AUGGCUUGUGAGAAGAAUGCAGGGUGUAAAAGCGCUAAAGGAGUGCCGUGGAGCCACAGAGAAAGGCAGGAAGCGAAGAUGAAAAGGUGGAUUCAAAGGUGGUAUUUUACUGAUGAUGAUAGUGACGAUAACAACGCUGAUGAUGAUUAUGAUGAUGAUGAUAACGAUGAUGAUGAUAGAAAAUUUUGGAGAAAAAGGAUUGAUGAUAGCUCGAAAGAGGAACAAAAGAGUAAAUGA